AGUAUGACUUGUAAUUUUAUUAAAUUACACAACAAAGAGAAGUGACUCACUAGCUUUUUCUGGUUAUACAAACUUGCAGCCAGCACAAAACAAAAACCAUCAACCCGCCGCCUGUUCUUUGCUUUUAACCUUCGUUCAACACAAAACAAAAACAUCAACCCGCCGCUUGUUCUUCUGCUUUUAAGCUUCGUUGCUCUCAGUCUCACUGACAAUCAACAGCAAAUACUAGGAACGAACACUCUUUUGGUGAAGAACGGCGUUUGGUUUGGUUAUAAUCCUUAUAAUCUAGAUAUAGCUAUGAGAAACUUCAUACUUCACCUGAAACACUGUCAUAGGAUUACUUCUUCUCUCAAUUUCUCCGCCUUAGCUGCCCAUUCUCUUCAGCUAUCAAACCCAUGUUUUCCAAUCCAAAAGCUUCGAACCAAAAAGCGUGCAUUGGCCAACCUUUUGCAACUUCCCCCUUCAGACAAACCCCAUUUGUACUACAAAAGAAUUCAUGGUCAAAUUGUGGUGUUGGGUUUUCAGUAUGACGUUUUUGUUGCCAACAUUCAGUUGUACUCCUACUCAAAGUGUAAUUACCUUCGCGAUGCGCGGAAAGUUUUUGAUCAACUGCCUGAAAAAAAUUUAGUUACCUGGUCCUCAAUGGUUUCUAUGUAUACCCGACAUGGUUAUAAUGAAGAGGCAUUGAUGGUCUUCUCAGAAUUCUGGAGAAGUUCUGAAUGUGAUGUGAAUGAGUAUAUCUUAGCUAGUAUAACCAGGGCUUGUACACAGUUGGGAGGGUUUGAUCAAGGAGCCCAGGUGCACUGUUCUAUUUUCAAGACUGGUUUUAUCCAAGACGUCUAUGUUGGUACUGCUUUGAUUGAUUUUUAUGCAAAAUGUGGCAUUAUAGAAGAAGCAAGACUUGUUUUUGAUGAUUUAGUUAUAAAAACUGCUGUUACUUGGACAACAAUUAUAACAGGGUAUGUGAAAAGUGAAAGAAGUGAAGUCUCUUUACAGUUGUUUUUAUGGAUGACAGAAACUGAUAUUCUUCCUGACAAAUUUGUCCUCUCUAGUGUUUUAAAUGCAUGUUCUAUGCUUAACUUCAUUGAAGGUGGCAAGCAAAUCCAUGCUUAUGUGUUGAGGAUGGGUAUAGAAAUGGAUGUUUCAGUGGGUAAUGUGCUUAUAGAUUUCUAUACAAAGUGUGGUAACGUGCAAGCAGGGUUGAGAUUGUUUAAUCAGAUGCUGAUGAGAAAUACUAUUUCAUGGACAACUAUGAUAGCUGGAUACAUGAAAAAUUCAUAUGAUUGGGAGGCCAUGAAGCUAUUUUCUGAAAUGGCCAGAUUGUGCUGGAAACCAGAUGGAUUUGCAUGCAGUAGCAUUCUUACUUCAUGUGGAUCACUUGAGGCAUUAGAACAUGGGAGACAAGUGCACGCUUAUACUAUCAAGGUCAAUCUCGAGAUUGAUGAUUUUGUAAAGAAUGGUUUGAUAGAUAUGUAUGCAAAAUGUGAUUCCUUAAGUGAUGCAAGAAAAGUUUUUGAUGCUACGACUGAUCAUAGUGUGGUUUCUUACAAUGCAAUGAUUGAAGGAUAUUCAAGGCAGGAGAAGCUGUAUGAAGCACUGGAUCUUUUCCAGGAUAUGAGGCUAAGAUCAUUCCAGCCGAGCCUCUUAACUUUAGUCAGCCUUCUUGGUGUAUCUGCUACUUUAUUUGCAUUGGAAUUGAGUAAGCAAAUCCAUGGUCUCAUUACAAAAUAUGGAUUCUUUUUGGACCUAUUUGCUUCCAGUGCUUUAAUAGAUGUUUAUUCCAAGUGUUCAUGUGUUAGGGAUGCCAAACUUGUGUUUGAUGAAAUGAAUGAGAAAGAUAUUGUAGUGUGGAAUGCAAUGUUCUUUGGAUACACCCAACAGUUAGAAAGUGAAAAGGCUUUCAAACUUUAUUCUGAUUUACAGUUAUCAAAACUAAAACCUAAUGAAUUUACUUUUGCUGCAUUAAUCACGGCAGCCAGUAACCUAGCAAGUCUCCAGCAUGGUCAACAGUUCCAUAAUCAGAUCAUCAAGAUGGGUCUGAACAAUGACCAUUUUGUCACAAAUUCCCUUGUGGAUAUGUAUGCCAAGUGUGGAAGCAUUGAAGAGGCUCGCAAAGCAUUUACUUCUGCAGUUUGGAGAGAUGUUGUCUGUUGGAAUUCCAUGAUAUCAACAUAUGCACAGCAUGGGGAAGCAGAAGAAGCUCUUAAGAUGUUUGAAUGGAUGAUUAAGGAAGGAAUAAAACCCAACUAUAUCACAUUUGUGGGUGUGCUAUCAGCGUGUAGCCAUGCAGGGCUUGUCAGAGAUGGACUUCAUCACUUCAACUCAAUGGACCACUAUGGAAUUGAACCAGGAACAGAUCAUUAUGCUUGCAUAGUUUCUCUUCUGGGUCGUUCUGGAAAGCUAUUUGAAGCUAAGGAAUUUAUUGAGAAGAUGCCAACAAAACCAGCUGCAGUUGUAUGGCGGAGCUUGCUAAGUGCAUGUACAGUUGCAGGCAACGUUGAAUUGGGCAAGUAUGCGGCUGAGAUGGCUAUUAUGAGUGAUCCAACUGACAGUGGAUCGUAUAUAUUACUUUCAAAUAUUUUUGCAUCUAAAGGCAUGUGGGUAGAUGUCAAAAGGGUAAGGGAAACAAUGGACUUUAAUGGUGUAGUAAAAGAAACUGGGCAUAGUUGGGUUGAAGUGAAUAAUGAGGUUCAUAAGUUUGUUGCAAGAGACAGAGUUCAUAGUGAGGCUGAUAUGAUUUUUUCAGUUUUGGACAAUUUGAUUCUACAGAUGAAAGGGUCAGGGUAUGUGCCUGAUACAACAAUGCUUUUGAUAAAUGAUUGAUAACCAAAUUGUGAUCAUGAGCUCAUGAUGUCUGCUAUUGAAAGCCGGAAAUCAAUAAAAUCUGCAUCUUACAAUCCCAUGAUUGUAAGAUUGAAGAAAUUCAUAUCCAAUAGCCUAACUUCUCCUGAAAUAGAUCUUUUUGUUGGUGUCCGUGGACUUGUGUGGAUGUUUCCUUUUGGUUUUGUCUGCAAAGCGGUUAGAUGCAUUUUUGUUGUAAAGGUGCUACAUGCCUUAGAUUUAGCAAAGAAUGCCUGUUUAAGAAGCUUGUAGAGACCAAGAUAGUACAUAAGGUUGAGAAAUUGACAGGUGACUCAGAAAUACUGAGCUGCAGGAUAUUGGUUAAGGUGUUACUGUGUUCUAGCUGCAAAUACCAGUUUAAGGAUUUAGUAGAGAAAUUCCACUGCAGAACAAGAUCUUAAGAAAUUUGCAG